CUCUUUCCAGACAUUCCUUCACUGAACGUCAAAGAGUGAAGGCACGAGUCAUAUCGUUGUGUUACAAAGACAAGGUUUAUAAGUUAAAAUACUUGUCACUUCUCAAACCGAGUGUUGGAAAAGCAGCAUAGAUAGCCUGGUUCCAGUGGGAGCUGGAUUGCUGUGUUUUGUGCUGCUGAGAACUUCAAUUGGUUUUUUGUAUGAUCCUGAAGUCUGGUUCCAAACUGGACUUGAGUUAUGAUGGCGAGCCAGUCCCAGUGAGUGAGAGUCUGCGGAGAGGGAGCGUUUGGAUGUGGUGUGGCCAGCUGCAUCGGUCUCCACACUCUGCAGUGACCUAUAACUGAACUGAACCACCAUCAGAGUCGCAAGUAUCGAACCGAAUCAGUAUGGAAUAACGGAUUACAAUAGAACUAAGGAUUCCCAACCAAGGAAUAUAGACAGUGUUCAAUUCAUUACUACCCAGCUCUUUUCACAGAAGUACCCCACGAUGUCUCGACACAGAGCGGCGUAGAUGUCGAGAUGGCGUGCUCUUUCCGCGGGGCAGGUUUGCCUUCCUCCUUGGAGAUCCAGUGGUGGUACGUCAAGGACCACCGGGACUGGCUUAAGGAGCCUCCUCAGAUCACAAACGAUGUCGUACCUUUGGAGAAGACCUUCAAAGACGCCACUAAAAUCAGUGUGGUGAAAGUGGCCGGCAGUAACAUUUCCCACAAGCUGCGCCUGUCCAGCGUCAAACCCUCCGACGAGGGCACGUACGAGUGCCGCGUCAUCGACUUCAGCGGCUCGGAGGUGCAGCACCACCGCGUCCGGGCCUACCUCCACGUGGAGCCCCAUCGAGGCCCCGGCGUCCGUCGGCCGGACGACGGCGAGGUCCGCCCGCAUAAGCACGACCGCCGUCACAGGAAAGCGGAGGAAUACUGACUGCGCGGCGUCUGCCAGUUAGCCUGCAUGUUGACGAGCGGCGAGGAGAGGCCGUCAUCUUCACUGUGAUGGUGAGGCGGCGUUCGCUGCGGCUUUGUACUUCCAUCUGCUCUGUAUGCUUUGUCAAUUCCAGGAAGGACUAUUAAGUCUGCACAUAAGUGUAUUCAUGCAUUGUGACAAUGUGAAUAGAGCCAUUUAGCAUUGUUGGAAUGUGUUGCAACGCUACAUGUGCAGAGGGAUGCACAAUAUACACAAAUAAUGACAUCCCUGCAAUAAAGGGGCUCUAUCUAUAAUUGUUGUCUUGUGAUAUUAAAUGCUUUCAUUUUGUCCAAAACCUUCACACGUUUUCCACAAAAGACAUGCAACAGUAACUCAAGUAUUUCUAGCAUGUUUUUUUUUAAUAUAACACAGAGCUCUCCAUGUGAAUGUGAUGGCAGUUUAAUAAAAACUUGCAUUGUG